CAACCAGCGAAACAUGCAAAUAGCGAAACGUAAAGAUGGCAUCCAUCGUUUGUAGCAACUACAUUGGUAAAAACGUAUCCAAUUCGAGAAGAUUCACCUUUUGGAUCACAUUGAGAUUUUGAGUCUUUUCAGAGAAAGAAUACACAUAUCCUGUAAGUCGAAUACCCAAAAUGAAUAGAAUCGUCAAAAGUCUUUUGUAUGGUGUUGGAAUUGUUGGUUCUGGUUAUGUUACAAUGAAACUUACUGCUCCGUCACCUCAACAUGUGGUCGAUUCCUUGUCGCCAGAGCUUCGUGCUGACUAUGAGAAGCGGAAAAAUGAUCCGAAGCCCAUAGAAGGUGUGCUCCAUAUGAUCGAGGAAGCCCGUCGUAACCCAAGAGACAUUUCUAAGUAAAGAUAAAAGCAAGAAUUUUGUAAUUACUGAUUUUCCAAUACUCAUACACACCCAUUUCAUUACCCAGACGCCGUUUGUUAGAACAUUUGUCUUAAGUCCUUACAAUGAUGAUGGCCUUGAAGAUUGCUUCUUAAAGCUUCAAUUUAUUUGCAUCGAUACCGUACAAACAAUUAUACUAAAACAACUUUGCUAUGUAAAUGUCUAACUUUUUCAACCCAACUCAUUAUACGAUAUAUUUAGCUUCUUCCGUAUAUUCUUUCUAACAAUAUAUAAACCUUCGAGGAAGGCUA